AUGGGAACAAAAGUCGUCAGACCAUUCAUUGCAACUGCAUCUGCUCUCGGGAAUCAGGUAACGUUAAUGUUGAAUACAAACUCCUUGAAAGGGAACGGAUCCUUUUUAUCUAGGUCCGGUCGUCGUAGUUCUCGUCGUUCGAGCCGUCUCGGGGCGUUCUGCUGCCGGCUGGCGAGGACGUGGUUGGUGGUAGCAAGGCCUGCGAAGACGAAGAGAUGGCCUGCUGCCGCCUCUCCCGUCCCCGCUCGUGCCUCUGUUUCUCCUGUCCCCUCCAAUCCUCCCCCUCCUUCGACCGCCGGUUCCUCCCGCUCCCCCGUGGGCCCCCCCACGCCAGUUCGUAUGUGGUUCCCACACUAUGCUGUAACUGGUGGUCGCAGUCUAUAG